CACCACGGUUGUUGCCUGGGUUGUGUAGGAGCCAGCGUAGGAGCAGCCAACGAACUUCUUCUUCAUGGCGUCGAAGGUAUAAAACGAGGCUGGCCGCCGGCUCGGCGCUGUCGUUUGUCCUGCGUCUUCUCAUCUGAGAUCGGUGCGUCUUCUCCGAAAUUGACUGCGAUGCGAUCAUCCAUCGUCGUCUCAUAUAUCGCCUGCCUCGCGUCACUGGCAGCUGCAGAAACAGUCCAGCCAGGCGCUGUCAUCUCGACCCACGAUACCUCUCCCAGCGAUUCCAUUCUCCGCUACUCGCUUCCGUCCUUGCACGCAAGACAAGACCCGGCUACAUGUCCUCAAGGCGAAAAGAGAUGUCCGCGAGGAUGCUAUCCUCUUUCUAAUAUCUGUUGUCCUGCUGGCCACGGCUGCAACCCAGAUGAAACCUGCAUAGACGGUGGCUGCUUGAGACCACUCGGUAAACCCACGAAAAACACCACCUGUACCAACACUGCCAACAACUACCUGGACAGUUUCUGCGGUGAUAAGUGCAUGCCUUUAGCGGCGUCAUGCUGUCGCGGCGAUUCAUUCUGUCAAAAUGGAUAUUGCGCGACGAAUGAAACGUGCACGCCAUGGAGUUCUAAUUCGAGAGAGGGGGCAGUCUUCAGUGAGGAUGCGCUGUGUGGUUCCUUCUCCAUGGCUCCAGGUCACCAAUGCUGUCUCGCGAUUGACGACGAAUUCAACCGAAAAUACGACGGGCCUGCCGCCAGCUGUCCGAGGUACACCACGAUGCUCCCGCCCGGCGCAAUAAGCUACCGAUGCGGCGAUAGCACCACUCAUUCGCCUGGCAGAGCACCACCGACUUGUACUGGCCCGGGGAGCACGGCAUCCACCUGUGCCGAACUAGGUCUAGACGACUGCGGAUCCGGCUGCAUGGCGCGAGGCGGUACGUGUUGCACCGGCACAACCGGCGGUGCCGGCAAUUCGACGUCCUGGACCUACUGCCCCCGAAACGGCGUAUGCGCUCCAGAUGGACGCACGUGCGAAAGCGUGCUUGAUAGCGAUGGCUGUGGCGUCCUGCAGGAGAAGUGUGGGUCAGGGUGUAUGCGUGUUGGAAGUGUUUGUUGUGGCGCCUCGUCGUGUCCCGCAGGCACAACCUGCGGCCCCAACAACCAAUGCUUGAAAGACGGUGCAAUCCCCUCCGGCCAGUGGGUCCCAGAAGUCGGCAACGUCGGCAUCCUUUUCCGUUCUCGAGUAGUCGUUGGGAGGCCUGGUGCUACUCCUGCUGGCAACAGCACCGGGGCUGGUGGCUCUGGUAAUGGCCCUGUCGGCAAUACCGGUAAAAGCGGAUCAAAGGAUAACGGCAGCGCCGCGGUAGCAGCAACGGUUUCCGGCUUUCAAAUCGCCGCCGCCAUCGCGGGCCUUAUCGUCAGCUUCCAACGGUAGAAGGUACAGACAUUGCUCCCAAACGCUCGUCUGGAGAAGGACCGCGGCUAGCCUAGAGGUGUGUAGUAUAGCACUGCAGACUCGAGACGCUAUUGUGAAGGGUUCAACGCUAUGAUAGCCCACCCACCCAAGACCGCUGAACCAUCCUCU